GACCUAAACUAUUGUCGGAAUCCAACGGCGGCAGAGCGGCCAUGGUGCUUCGUUUCCACAGACUAUAAGAGAUGGGAAUUCUGCGACAUCCCCUUCUGCCCCGGCCGCAAAGUUGAACCCGAAUGUAAACUGACGGAGAUGGGAAGGGAAUACAUCGGGAUGGUGAACGUGACAAAGACCGGAAAACAAUGCCUGAGCUGGGAUUCCCCUGAGUUGCUGGCCGAAAUAGGUUUUGCUGCCUCCCUGCCCUACGAAAAUCAAUUGUUUUCCUUUCGUGAUCCAUACACCAAAAUGAACUUCUGCCGAAAUCCGAUGUCAAAGGAAAUGCCCUGGUGCUUUGUCGGCGACGGCAACUUGAAGUGGGAGUAUUGUUCGAUUCCCCUUUGUGACCGUCCAAGUGCCCCAGAAUGCAAGGAGUCUCUCUCAGGAUCGAAAUACAUAGGAGCAAAGAACUGGACCGUAUUUGGCGCACCAUGCCUUCCAUGGAGUCCUCCAAUCCCCAAACUCAAGAGUUCUCCUUUUUCCGAAAUUUCCUCCCCUGAUAACGUCCCGGAUGACCACAACAACUGUCGGAACCCUGACUCGUCUCCUGGUCCAUGGUGUCUCAUUGAAUGGACCCCCAAAAAUCAAAAUUUUCCUCUUAAGGUUCGGGAGGCCUGCCAUGUGCGUUCCUGUUUUCGAGAAGAAAUGGAGAAGACAUGCGAGGCAGAGGGCACAUGCAAUUCGAAUGGAGUUGUGGCAUUGCAGACAUAUCCGGAAUGCCGAAUGACGACAAUGGGGAAGGAGUACAGAGGGACCCAAAGCAAAACACAAUCUGGAAAGAAGUGCCUGGAUUGGAAAACGUAUAAAUUGAUGGACAUUCGCUCUCUUCUCCAGCAGCAGUUGCCGGUGGCCGAUAUGAAUACUUUAAAUGAAAGACAGUACAUCUCCGAAUUCAUUUCAAAGCAGGAUCUAAACUAUUGCCGGAAUCCAACGUCGGCAGAGGAGCCAUGGUGCUUCGUUUCAACGUUCGUAUAUCCGCUCUGGGAAUUCUGCGACAUCCCCUUCUGCCCCGGCCGUAAAGGUUUGUCAUCCUUUGACCUCCGAGGAUACUAUGCUAGAGAGAGAGCAGAGGAUGUCUCAUUGUCUGCCUAG